AUAAUUAUUUGGGAGGAGUAAGAGUUCUUGAGAAUUGAGAUUAGGUGGUAUUGUUAUUAAGUUCCUGUAUAAGGGAAUCAGGCAAGUUAACGUUUAAAAAAGAGUGAAAGGACUUUCACAUAAGUAGUAAGUUGAGCAGCAUGCUCCAAAAGUUGCAUCUCUCUAUUCCAUUUAAUCUCAACUACGUAGUAAUUUAUAGCUAGCAGCUGCUUUUGUACUGCCAUGGACUGUAAGAUUAAAACCACAUACCAUCACCCAACUUUCUGAUGCAACUCCAUUUUUAAGCAAAUCUUCAAGCUCAUUUCUUGCCAUAUCACCAACUUUUACCUGAAGAUGAAUGAGAGAAGAACCAAGACGAACUUGUAUUCAUGGCCCAAAUGGGCCGACCUUCCUGAUGAGCUACUUGUCAAGAUCUGCAAAUGCCUCAAAUACUCAUUUCAAGUUGGUAAUUUUCGUGCUGUUUGUACCUCUUGGAGAUCCACAGUUCCACCUCCCUCUUGUAAGAAACUCUCGAGUGGAUCUGCAGCAAUCACGACUGAACCCACUAAGAAACCUCAUAGAAAAUACAUCAGAAGAUUGGUUUACCGGCUUGAACUUCAACAACUUCCACCUUCAUCUUCAUCUUCAUCUUCAUCUUCAUCAUCACCACCCAGCAGCUAUUUGAUAGCCGUAGAGGAACACUAUGGCGAAGACGGCCAAAGCCAACUCCGCCUCUUGAACCCAAUCACUGGAACUCCUAUAUCCUCAACACCAUCAAACUUCCCUAAAGAGAUUCAUUUGAACAAAUUCCGUGUCUCUGUACUGCAUAAAUCUACCCUCUUUUGGCACGAUACAAAUGAUUAUCGUUCCAAUAAAGUUGUUUGUCUUCCUGCUGGCGGCCGAACCUGCAAUGGACGAAAUGGAAAAGCGGUUGCUAUUCUUACCAAGAGCGGGAAAUUGUAUUUAUUCACACGUGAACCAAGAGUGAAUGUAGAAUUAAAUGAAUUGAUGGACCGUCCGCUUACAAACCACAAUCUGGACAAGCCUGUUUAUCACGACGUGGUGAAGUACAAGAACAAAUGGUUUGCUAUUGACCAAUACGGGCGUGGGGUUAUAGUUGAUUCUUCUUUGAACGUGAGCCUAGUUACAAAUCCUCUGUUUCUCCCAACCAGGGAUGAUUUUUUUGGUAACCACAAGUCAUACUUGGUGAGGACAUCAAGGGAUACAGAUCUAUUUCUAGUGGACAGAUACUUGGAUAAAUCCUCGGUGCAAACAAAAUACGAACAAUAUUGUACAUCUGAUGUUACAAAGGAAGCAGUUUAUGACAUGGCAGUUAGAUUCAGAGUGUAUAAACUUGAUGAGGAGGAGCAUAGUUGGAGGAAGGUUACAAGCUUGAAUGACCAAGUCAUAUUUGUAGGAGAUGAUGCAUCCUUUUGGUCUUACUGUGUGUCUGCUAAAGAUUUUCCAGGGUGUAGAGGAAAUAUGAUUUUCUUCACGGAUCAAUUCAGGAGAGCUGAGAAUGGAGAUUUUCAUGAUUUUUGGGAUGCGUUAAAACAUGAAAAAGGCUACUCACUUGGGGGAUUUCAUAUGGAGAAUGCAUUUCUUGGGCCAAUGGCAUGUUUCCCUGGUUACACUGAUUUUUUCUGGCCACCACCUAGCUGGCUCAACUAAGAUUUCCUCUCCAAUGUUAUGGUUAAAUUCUACUCCGUCAUCCAUUUUAUGUGUUAGAUUGAAUCUUGAAAAGUGAAAAGUAUUUUGUAUGUUCAGAGCACUACUUAUGCAAUUGUCUAGACAAAACUCAUUCUAGUUUAAUUGAGUAUUUACUGCGUUUUA